AUGGAAACAAUAUCUAUCUAUCGAUCUUAUUCUUAUCUAUCUAUCUGUGUUAUCUAUCUAUCUAUCUAUCUGUGUUAUCUAUCUAUCUAUCUAUCUGUGUUAUCUAUCUAUCUAUCUAUCUGUGUUAUCUAUCUAUCUAUCUAUCUGUGUUAUCUAUCUAUCUAUCUAUCUUUGUGUGUUAUCUAUCUAUCUAUCUAUCUUUGUGUGUUAUCUAUCUAUCUAUCUAUCUUUGUGUGUUAUCUAUCUAUCUAUCUAUCUUUGUGUCUUAUCUAUUAUCUAUCUUUGUCUAUCUAUCUUUGUUAUCUAUCUGUCUAUCUGUCUAUCUGUGUUAUCUAUCUAUCUGUGCUAUCUAUCUAUCUUUGUGGGUUAUCUAUCUAUCUUUAUCGUUAUAAUCUAUCUAUCUGUGUGUGUUAUCUAUCUAUCUAUCUGUGUGUGUGUGCUAUCUAUCUAUCUGUGUGUGUGUGCUAUCUAUCUAUCUAUCUAUCUAUCUAUUCUAUAUCUAUAUUCUAUCUGUGGUCCUUUUCUAUCUGUGUCCUUUUCUAUCUAUUGAUCUAUCUUUCUGUCUUAUCUGUCAAUGUCGUAGGUUAUAAUCUAUCUAUCUAUCUAUCUAUCUAUCUAUCUGUGUGUGCUAUCUAUCUAUCUAUCUUUGUUAUAAUCUAUCUAUCUAUCUAUCUUUUUAGGUUCUUAUCUAUCUUUAAGAAGACGACGAAAUAUCUAUCUAUAUUAGAAGAAGACGACGAAAUAUCUAUCUAUAUUAGAAGAAGAAGAAGAAAUAUCUAUCUAUAUUAG